GCGCGCUGCUACUCGCGCCUGCAGAGCGUCCAGCCUUCAAGCCCUCGGCGCCGUUCUCGGGGACGCGAGCUAGGCCGCGGCCAGUAGGCCCGCUGGGACCCCACAGGAGCUCGGCGCGGCCACGCCGCAGCCCCGCGCGCAGCCAAAGAAAUUGGGAAUCUCAUUUUUAGCAAGAAGAUAGUACACUUAAGGCAUCAACAGAGAAAAGAUAUUAAGGAGAAGACUAAAACUGGAGUAGAUCUUGAGAAUAAAAAUGAUUGAAUUUAUGAUUGGCAGGGGCCUGUUAACACCAAAUCUUAUAAUGUGGAGUUCAUUCAUUCCUCCUUACAGCCUGGAAAAAAUGACUGAUUUCGUAGCUGUUUGGGAUGUUGCUUUGAGUGAUGGAGUCCACAAGAUUGAAUUUGAACAUGGGACCACAUCGGGCAAACGAGUAGUAUAUGUAGAUGGAAAGGAAGAGAUAAGAAAAGAAUGGAUGUUCAAACUAGUGGGCAAAGAAACCUUCUAUGUUGGAGCUGCAAAGACAAAAGCAACCAUAAAUAUAGAUGCUGUCAGUGGUUUUGCUUAUGAAUAUACUCUGGAAAUUAAUGGGAAAAGCCUCAAGAAGUAUAUGGAAAAUAGAUCAAAAACUACCAAUACGUGGGUAAUGAACUUGGAUGGUGAGGACUUUAGAGUUGUUCUGGAAAAAGACACCAUGGACGUAUGGUGCAAUGGUAAAAAGAUGGAGACAGCGGUCUUGAUCUGUAGGCCAAAUUGGCCUUGAACUCUGGCCUCUGCCUUCUAAAGUACUGGGAUUGCACCAUCAUAACCAGCCACUUGGACUUUGUUAAAAGUGAAAAUGAAUCAGGAGCUCUAGCCUGAGUUACCCAUCUCAGGGUGGGAAUAACUCAGAAGCUGAUGCCCACUUGUCUGCUGUUUAAGAGGCGGGUACAAUUGCCAGAUACGGAAGAGGAAGAGCCUCUGGGAUGAUGUGACUGGAAGAGGAAACAGUUCUACUUCCCCCCUUUCAGGAUGGGGGAUCAAGCCAGGUCCACGCACAGCUCCACCAGUGCUUUACUACUGAGCUGCCCUCCCAGUCCAAGAAGACAUAUCUAAAAAAGUCCAUUUAGCUGGUCCACACAAUUUUGCUUUUUUCCUCUGAUAAUCAUGGCUCAGGGAUGGUUUGCCCAGAUCUUCAAGUCAGUGCUGACGGACGUCUCUUGAGGCUUAUGGUAUACAGCAUAAGAGUUCUAAAAGCACUACAUCAAAAUGUAUAGACUUGGGGCUGCAGAGGUAGUCAGCAGUAGAACACUUGCCUGGUGCAUGUGAAGCCCUGGGUUCAAUCCCCAGCACUGGGGAAAACAAAAAUAAACAAACAAAAACAAGAUUUGGAAAGCAAAACACAUUCAUGAUACUUUAUUUAUAGACAUGUGAUUUGUGAAGGAAGAGACUCAGAAAGGGGGUCAAGCCUCUUUUCACUGUAUGACAGAUGAUCACUGUGAGGAUGACAGCGACAGACUUGUGAUUCUCACUGAUCUUCAGUUCCGCAGCAGAACAACCCUGGUACGAUCAGGACUAGAUUCAUUAUGAAAGGCAUCUUUGCAUGCAGUGUUUAUUUCCAUGACUUGUAUUUUUCCUGUGUACUAAUAAGCUGCUGAGAGUAACAUUCCACUGCUUAGGGAAUAUUUAUAUGCACGACAGUAUGAUUUAUGUGUCCUCCUCUCUCAGCUGUCUCUGCUCUACCAUGGUGUCUCUGAGGAAAAUAAAUAACCCUGUAGCCAGGGAUGGGAGCAUCACCCAAAGAACUAUGGAUUUAACACCUUGUGGUACCCACACCCCAGACAGGAUUGUAUUCAGAUUUUGAACAGAUCCUUGCUAAACGUAAUUAUCUGCUUUGCACUUCAUUCCAGAAAUGCUGACUAUAUAUAAAAUAUAGAAGAAACAGUAAGUAUUAAUCAAAGGAUUAUUCCAGCACAACCAACAUCUAACUAGGCUGUUUGAAGUGAAAGGAGGCUACUGCUUUUGUGAUGCCAUGACAGUAGAAGCUCUAUGAUAAUUUUCACAUGGAGAAGGGAGAGUAGAUAAAGAGUUUGGGGAAGGAGCUAAAGACAGGCAAGAUUUGGAAGGGCUUUGAAGGUGCAGAAUAGACUUUGAAAGACUAUUCUAGAACAUGAAGGAAGAGGAGAGGGGAGAGGUGGAAAAUGGAAUAGAUAAGUUCAUUCAUAACCUUUGGUACUAAACUCAGUGGAUUUCCAUCUCCCAUGGAAUUAAGCUUGCAUUUAAUUCCUAGUUUGCUCCCUUCCUACGGAAUUUCUCACAUUCUCCGCCUUGAGCACUAUUCUUAGGCUUUCCUUUCUAGUCUCCACUUGCCCUGGUUCAUGUGCUGUCUCCCUGUGGAGUGGCUUGCAUUGUAUCACUCACAUUACAAGCUCCUUCUCAAGCUCUGAGUUGUUUAAGGAUCUUCUCAUUAAGCCUAGAUUUCAUAUACUCUUCUCUAACUUCAUAUGCUACCCAUUUUACAAUUGCUGCCUGUGGACAUCUGUUAAUUUGUUCUCUUCAACAGAGUUCUAAUUUCUUAUAUUUUCAUAACUUACCUCUCCAAAAAAAAAAAAAAAACAGAUUAUGUGUCAUUCUUUGGUGACAAUAUAAACAUCUGCAUGAGAAUCUAGUCAAAGUUUUUGGGGAAAGAGAAAUACAUUCUGCUUCAUAUAAUAGUUACUUCUUGGGAAGCUGGAUUUCCCAGUUAGAGUUUCAAGGGAGCUUGUAACAUAAAAUUCAAAGGGUCUAUAUUAAAUGACUGGGUUUUUUUUUUGUCUUUUUCCUUUUUAUCAGUACCGGGAAUCGAACUCAUGACCGCCUGCUUGCAAGGCAGGCGCUUAUGCCGCUGAGCUAAAUCCCCAGCCCCAUGACUGUCUUUUUUAUUAAAUGUUAUGUUAAGCUGCAUUGUGCCCCUAAAAUAUGUCUAUCUGGAAUCUCAAAAUGUAAACUUAUUUGAAACAAGGAUUUUUUUAGAUAUAAUUAAGAAAUGCUGUAAGUAUCAGAUACUGGAGAAAACAAGGAAGAGUCUUCAGAGAAAAUGUGGCCCUGAAAACAUGUGAUCUCAGAUUUUAGGUUUCCAGAACUAUGAGAACACACAUUUCUGUAAUUUUAAGCCACCAAGUUUGUAGUAAUUUGUUAGACAGCUUUGGGAAAUUAUUGCCGCUGUUUAGUCCCAAGUGGGUGAUAGGUAGGAAAACAUGGGCUAUUAUCUAUUAUAAUUUGCUAUAACAAAUUACCAUAAGCUAGAUGGCUUAUAAACAUUAGCAAUAUAUUUCGCAUAGCUCGGAAGGCAAGGAAGUCUAAGGACAAGGCGCCAGUAGAUUUGGUGCCUGGCAAAGGCCUGUUUCCUGUGUCUUCAUAUGGAGGAAGAGUUGAGGGUCUCCUGGGUCUGUCAUAUAAGAGCACUAAUUCCAUUCACGAGGACCCCACUCCCCGGGAGCUAAGCACCUCCCCAAAUACCAUCAUCUAACAAGUGAGGACGACAGCAUAAAUUUGGGGGAAAAUAAGUACUGGGACCAUACUAAUCCACACUGAAGAAAUUAAAUUGGACUGAGGGCUGGGGAUUUAGCUCAGCGGCAUAAGCUGCUUUGCAAGCGCAUGGUCGUGAGUUUGAUCCCUGAUACCGAUAAAAUAAAAUAAAAAAUUUUAAAAAAUACAUUGGACAGAAACAUAGAUGUUUUACAGCAUCACCAGACAGAAAUAAAAUUUAUUCAGUAACUCAUAAUUCUGGCAUGAUGGAGGGAUGAACACAUGACCUCAUUUCAAGUCAUCUAUGUGGGAAAAAAAAGGCCAAUGACUAAAAGCCACGACUCAUAGAAACAGUAACAGAACACUGGAAAGCAGUAUCAGAAAAUACCAAGAGCCUCACAAAUGCUUGCCACGAGUUGUAGCACAAGGGGACAUAGAGAGAGGGCGGGGACAGGGGAAGGAUCAGUUUCUGCUUGCACAGUGCACUUAAAGACUAAAUUUUCCCUCUCGCCUUUAGUAAUUUAAAAACUAGACAAAGCACUUUUAACUUGCUUUUGUAUACUGAACAAUAUCCACUGCAGGAUUGCGAUGCUUAAGAAAAUAGAAACAAAUAAGGUAAGCUGUAUGAUGGCUUUAGAUUUCUAUCUGGAGUUACAUCCUAGAACCUGAAUGAGGGAGGAGGAUUCUCAGCCGAUCAUGCUGUCUCAGCAAGUUGAGAUAAAAGAAUCAGGAAGCAUAAAAAGGGUAGAAGUAGUGAAUCAGAAUUUCAAAGAGGAAGGAGCUUUGCAGAAAUAUAAGCAUUAAGGAGUCUUCCUUGAGAUUUAAUUGAAUACUAAGAUGUGUAGGGUAUUAGUAGAGGGUGAAUUAAAUCCCUUGAGAAUAGGCAAAACUUGUCUGUGUGAGCUGUAAGCUGUAUGCCCCUACAGCUCACACGAGGCUGGGGAUCCUUUGGGAUUGCUCUAGCCAAGUAGAGUCCUCAUUGAUCACUUUUUUUUUUGAGACAUGAUUUCACUAUGUAGUUCAGGCUGGCAUUGAACUCACUAUGGAGUGUAGGGUGGCCUUGAGCUAGCUAGCAGUGAUUCUCCUGCCUUAACCUCCCAGGUGCUGAGAUUAUAGGCAUGUGUCACCAUAUCCAGCAUGAUAGCUUUUGAAACUCAAUAGAGCUGUCAAAAAAGUCACAUCUUACAAUUGACCUAAAUCAUACCUUGAGUUAUGCUGCUCCAGGAAUAUUCAAGGAAAAGAAAAACAGACCUCCAAAGAGGAAGGGCAACCUGCAAGGGACUUAAUUGCCUUCUAGAAGAAAGACCACCACCUUUCUGGGACAAAAGUGACCAGCCACCACCACUAUAAUCUACACAUGAGGAUUAGACAAAAAUAAUCACACAGCUAAGAAUCAGUGUAACUUACCAUGUUAAUAGAAAAAAGGAGAACAAUCACAGGAGCAAUCUACCAGAUUCAGGAAAAAAAAUUCAAAAGAUCUGUCACCUACUAAUGCAAACUAUCUCAGUAAACCAGCAAUAGAAACAAACACUCCCACUAUCAUAAAGGAAAUCUACAAAAAUCUAUAGCUAACAUCACACCAAAAAUGAAAGACUGAUUUCUCCCUAACAUUCCUAGUCAACGUUGUCUGGAAGUAUAUGCAACAAGACAAAGAAAUAAAAGACACACAAACAUGAAAGCAGGAAGUAAAACUUUUAAUUAGCAAAUGGCCUUCCCCUGUGUGUAGAAUCGGCUAAGGAAUCCACAUUAAAACUACGAGGUGUAGUAAAUGAGUAUAAAAGAUUGUAUAAGAUAUCAACAUAAAAGUACAGGGUUACCUUCGGAGGUGAAGCUUUUGUUUGUGAACAAUUUGGUUAGCAAACAGAAGUGUGUGGCUGUCUCUCUCUUAUAAAGCUUUUGGAACAAAAAUGCAUUUUAAUUUGAAACACCAGUAUUUUCAUAGUUUACAAAAUAUCAUUUGUAAUAGUUAAUGGAUAAAAUGAACUGCAUUGAACAUAAGAACUGCUCUAAAGUAGGUAAUAUUUAAAACUGAAAAUAAAAGCUAUAAACAGAAAAAUACUCACUAUAUAUAUUAUUUUAAUUCUCAAAAACUAUUUUUUUGGUUGACACAAUAAUUGCGUAUAUCUAUGAGGUAUAAUGUGAUGUUUUCAUUCAUGCCUGUAUUGGAUAGUGAUCAAUUUAGGUUAAGUAGAAUAUCCAUCUUUGAGGAAAAAUUGUUAAAAUUAGUAAGAAAUGUCACAAAUGGAAAAUAUAAUAGGAUAAUAUGCAUCAAAAGGAAGAAGGGAAAACUUGUCUCUGUUUUCUCCCCCUCCUCUGAUUACCUUUUGUAAUUUUAAUUUUUAUUAAUAUAUAUUUACAGUACAUAACGAUUACAUUCAUUACAAGAAGUUGGCACAUGUACACAACACAUCUUAAUUCUCUUUCCCCCUUCCUCUCUUCCCCCUCCCUCUAUCUCUGGCUCACCCUCCCAUUUGCAAAAGGUCUAUCUCCCUGUUUCCUAUUAUCUGUCUUUUAUUUAGCUCUUUAAUGUAUACAUACUUUUGGUUCUCAUAUAAAAGAAACAAUGCAAUAUUUAA